AUGUCCAACCAGCAACCCAAUCAAGGUAAUCAAGGACAAGCUAUCAAUGAUCUCUCUUCUGCUGAGGCAGUACAACUCUGUCUUAACACGAUCCAACUUAUGCAUCAAGAUAUCAUCAAGAAGACGAAUAUUUUGCGAUCCGCGGAAGCUGCUCGAAUGGUAGGAAUUAUGCACGAUCUUCAAAUUCCUAUUCCUGUCGAUCCAAGGAACGGUAAAGAUUAUCCCGAUAAUAUGCCAGAGGAAUAUCAAAGACUUGAAUCUAUCGCCAACAUCCGAUCUCUGCCAGAUGAACAUCUCAACGCCUGGCUGGGUUUCUACGAUAAAGAACAUGCGGCAGAGAUGAGCAGAGGUCAGAAGGAAGGAACACUGUUCAUUGCUCUUGGUGAAUCCGGUCAAAAUAUGUUGGUCCCCGUAGGAGGAAAUAUCCGAGAUAUCAAUUAG